AUGAAGGUGCCUGCCCUGUCUGGCACGACUAGAUCCAACAACAACUUGGCAAGUCUCUUCGAGUGUCCGGUCUGCUUAGAUUACGCGUUACCACCAAUUAUUCAGUGUGAGAGAGGCCAUAUUGUUUGUAACAGCUGUCGAUCGAAGCUCACUUCUUGUCCAACUUGCCGGGGCCCCUUGGCAUUCAUUCGCAACCUGGCUAUGGAGAAAGUAGCUAACUCUGUACUUUUUCCGUGUACAUAUGCCUUUUCUGGAUGUCACAAAACUCUGCCAUACAACGAAAAAGUAGAUCACGAAAAAGUUUGUAAGUUUAGGCCUUAUCCCUGCCCGUGCCCUGGUACUCUCUGUAAAUGGCUUGGUACUCUGGAAGCUGUAGUGCGUCAUCUGACGAAUGAGCAUGACCACGUUAUAACCCUAAAGGGAGAGUAUAUAAUUUUUCUUGCUACAAACAUUAAUCUUAUUGGUGGUUUUGAUUGGGUGAUGAUGCAGUUCUGUUAUGGCUUUCACUUCAUGUUAGUCUUGCAGAAACAGGAAAAUCGCAAUGGUGACCAGCAGUUCUUCGCAAUUGUACAACUGAUCGGAACACGCCAGGAAGCUGAGGGGUUUGUUUACCGACUUGAGCUAAGACGUCAUCGCCGACGACUGACUUGGGAAGCGACCCCUCUAUCUAUUCAUGAGAACAUAGCAACAGCCAUUAAGAAUCGUGACUGCUUAAACUUUGACACGGGCACUGUACAGCUUUUUGAAGAAAAUGGCGAUUUAAGCAUCAUUGUAUCUAUUAACAUGCGUUGA